UUUAUUUUUAUUUUUCUUUUUUUGUGAGUGUAUUUCAAGAGAAAAAAAAAUUUUUUGUUUAUAGCUUAUUGACUUUUUUUAUUAUUUUUAUUAUCAAAGUAACAAAAAAAUAGAAAGUUAAAAAGAAACGACAUGGGCCAAAUAUUAGCUUCGCCCAUUACAACAAAGCAUACAACCGAGGGAAAAAAUAGUAGGCUCCUAUUUGGUGCUUCUUCCAUGCAAGGCUGGAGAAUAAGUAUGGAAGAUGCACAUACACAUAUCUUGGACUAUGAAAAUACAGGCACUGCUUUUUUUGCUGUAUUUGAUGGACAUGGAGGUGCUAACAUAGCAAAAUAUAGCAGCCAACAACUUCCGGAACUUGUCAUAAAUUCAGAAGACUUUAAAAAGGGAGAGUAUAAGGAUAGUCUACGAAAAGGCUUUUUUCAAAUUGAUGCAAAUUUACGUGAAGAUCCUGAAUAUGAACAUGAGCCUUCUGGAUGUACUGCGAUUGUUGCAUUAUUAACAAAGGAUAAUGUUUUAUACAUUAGUAAUGCUGGUGAUUCUCGUGCUAUUAUCUGUGCUAAUGGCAUAGCUGUUGCAUUAUCUCAAGACCAUAAGCCAACAAAUCCUAAAGAAACUGAGCGUAUUAAGAAUGCUGGAGGAUAUGUUGAAAUGGGGCGUGUUAAUGGUAACCUUGCAUUAUCAAGAGCUUUAGGUGAUUUUGAAUUUAAAAAUGCAACCGAUUUACCACCUGAGAAACAAGCUGUUACAGCUGAUCCUGAUAUUACAGUACACAAAAUGACAGAUAAAGAUGAAUUUAUUGUAUUAGCUUGUGAUGGUAUUUGGGAUUGCAUGACAAAUCAAGAAGUAGCUACUUUUGUUCGAAAACAUGUAGCUAAUAAUGUUCCUUUAAAAGAAAUAUGUGAAAGAUUAAUGGAUAAUUGUCUUGCUGAUUCAUCCAACACAGGGGGAGUAGGCUGUGAUAAUAUGACAGUUGAGAUUAUUGCAUUUUUAAAUGGCAAAACUGAGGAAGAAUGGUAUGCAAAGAUUAGGGAUUCUGUAGCUGAACUAUAUCCGACAGAGGUUGUUAACAGUAUUAAUGCGAAGCAAGUAGAAGAUAGUAGUAGUAGUAGUAGUAAAGAAGAUAUAGAAAAGAAAGAAGAAGAAGAAAAAACAAGAAAAUAAGAAGAAUAAAAAAAAAA